AAAUUACAAUCAAAUUCAGUUGAGAAACUAUCGCAAUGGCUAACGUACCACCAAUGCUUUGGCUGUUAAUUUUCGCACUAGCCAAAUUGGCAAGUGGUCUAACUACUACAUUGGAGCCAUCUAUGAAGAUGGGUCGAGUUGUGGGCGGUACCAGUGCUGCUGUUAAUAGUGCACCAUUUAUAGUGUCAUUCCAACAGAGCGGUAUACACUAUUGUGCUGGAAGUAUAUUGAAUAACAAUUGGGUACUUACUGCUGCUCAUUGUUUGGGAUCGAAAACACAAGUGAAAAGUACCACCAUGGUGGCGGGCAGUAUUUAUGUUGCUGGUACUGCGGCUACCACACAGAAACGUUCCAUAGAUCAUUAUGUGGUUAACGAUUUAUAUUUGGGCGGUACUUCACCCUACGAUAUUGGUUUGGUUUAUACUAAGACACCUUUUACCUGGUCAAAUGCGGUAAGUGCCGUUACACUACCGGUUAGUGGUAGUGCACCCUCUGGCAAUGCUGUUCUUUAUGGCUGGGGUAGUACUUCCAAAAAUAACAAUGCUGUAUAUCCCAACACUCUGCAAGUGGCCACAGUUCCCAUUAUACCCUUAAAUACCUGCGAGUCUGCUUUGGGGCCUAAAGGCAAUGAUGUACAUAAUACGAAUGUCUGUACUGGACCUCUAACUGGUGGCGUUGGUAUUUGCACUUCGGAUUCAGGUGGUCCAUUGGUGCAAAAUAAUAAAGGAAAACAUGUUCUAGUUGGUAUAGUCUCUUGGGGCAAAUUACCUUGUGGUCAAGCCAAUUCACCUUCGGUAUUUGUAAAGGUUUCAUCAUUUAUUUCAUGGAUUGCAGCUAAUCAAGUGAUUCCAAAAUAAAACGUAAAUCAUCAAGAAAUUUGCAGAAAUAUGUAUACAAUUGAAGUAAUCUUUUUUGAAAAGUUUAAAUUUCAUUUUAUUUUUAAAUAAACUAACGUUAUCACAAAUUUCGGUUUUGGUACAGUGAUGUACAGUAGAAAUGGUACAA